AUGUUUCGGCUUCAACUCUUUCCCGUCUUUCUUCUCUUCAUUAUUUCAGCGGCGACAUCCCUGUGCCCAGACACCUUCGUCGACGGUGCAGAAUCAGCCAUGGAGGACAACGCAAAGACCGUGACAUUCCCAGAGCCGGCUCAGGACAACAUCUACACGACAAAUGUCAAGCUGUCCUCGACGCCAGCUCGCGUGAAAGUGCUGAUUGAGUCGUCUGCGGGCUCCGGCGGCUACGCCUUCAUGGCCCAUGACGUUCUGGAGGGAAUUCAAAAGCAUCCGAAACUGGAAUUCACGCCACUGGCCGAUGACGAAAUGAAGGAACGUUUGGAAAGCUCCGUCUCGAAGCAUGGUGUCACUGUGAGCAAACCUUCUAUUGAACAUGUGAAGCAAAUGCCUGGAGCCUCGCAGACCUACGUUACCCCUGUUGAAGUGACCGAAGCUGGCGACUACACUGCAAUCAUUGCCCAGUUGCGGCCGUGGGCUCCCCUCGACGGUGCAAGGUUCUAUGUUGUCCACAUUCACGCGGAGAACUAA